AUAUUCCCUUGUUUUGACACACUUGUGGAGUUGCUACAACUUUCAUCUCUGUGUCACAUUGACUGCAUACAACUCAAGACCUUAAAUUAUGAGCAGACGUAAUACAACACUAAAUUAGGUUUUCUUUUCCCAGUUUUUGUCUAAAAGACAUGGUCUUAAAGAAAUGUGCUUGGAGAAUACAUGCCCAAAUGUUGCAGAAACUGAAGUCAGAUGGAUGGGCAAUGGCACCGAAAACUUUCUAGGAAGAGCUGACUGAAUAAAGUGAGCAAUGGAAGAUAAUAAAAGCAUUUUUAAUACGAACUGCAGUAUUGAUGGCUUCAAACAAGUUGUGUAUCCAGCAGGGUAUACCAUCAUCCUAGUAAUUGGUCUCAUUGAAAAUGGCUUUUCCUGCUAUAUAUUCAUGAAGUCGUACAGCCAGAAGUCAUCAGUUAAUGUUUUCAUGCUGAAUUUAGUCAUCUCAGAUUUAAUGUUUAUAAUCACACUCCCUUUUCGCAUUGCAUACUUCCUUAUGCAAAGUGACUGGAAGAUGGGAAGUGUUUUGUGUAGAAUUGCGUCCUAUACUCUUUAUGUCAAUCUUUACGGCAGCAUCUACUUUCUGACUGCUCUUAGCAUUAUACGAUAUGUUGCUGUUGUCCACCCAUACAAACUUUUAAAACUGAAUAGUGUCUCAAGUGCACAGUGGAUAUGCACAGGCAUUUGGAUUUUCGUACUUCUAGCUUCAUCUCCUUUGCUUUUAAAUGGCACACGGGAAGUCAAUGGCAGGCGCAGCUGUCUAGAGCCUGUGCAAAAAACUAGUGAAAAGCUGAUGAUCAUGAAUAACAUUGUGAUAGUCGUAGGAUUCAUUAUACCAUUCUGUAUAAUCUGCGUCUGUUAUGUAAGUGUUUUCAUAACCCUAAUGAAAGCAAAUGCAAAGAAAAACAAAAUGCGAGCUUCAAGUAAAAAAGCAAUGGCCAUGAUCAUCAUUACCAUGUCUAUAUUUUUAAUUUGUUUUUUGCCCUACCACAUUUUACGGACAAUCUUUCUGAUCAAACGAAAUCAAAGCAUGUGCAACAAAGUUUUGCAUAAAGUUUUAGUAAUGACUCAGUGUUUAGCAGCUGCAAAUACCUGUUUUGAUCCAUUGUUGUAUUAUUUUGUUGGAGAGCAUUUCAGAGAGCAAAUAAAGAGGCGAGAAUCAACAAGGAUAAAUGAAAAUUAAAUCACAAGAUCAGCCAUCUAACUUUCACAAGCCACCAUUGUCACUGCUCUGCUGAGAAGGAAAAUGUGAUAAAGCUGUCUCAUAUAUAUGUUUUGCACUGAGGGCCUUACUGAGCAGUCUGGUACAUACUUCAGUACACCAGCACUGGUAGCGUUCAGCAGGGUACAUAUACAAGGAAUUACGUUUUGCCAGUUUAUGAUGGACAUGGUACUUCACUCACCUAUACCUGUACGUAAAACUGAAAAUUGUAAAGAAAAGUAGAUGUAUUCUGAAUUUAUAUCUUACAUAUUUACUUCAGAGUUUGACCAUGAAUAUGUUAUUAACUUUGACAUUUCUUAAGUAAUUAUGACCUCUAUUUUUAUAAAUAUUUUUAGCCACAAAGUCUCACAAGCAGCAAGCUUCCAUUCCCUGAUGACUCCUUUACUCCCCAACAACUGAUGUAAUAAGACAUUAGGAAGGAAGUGUAAGAGCUGGGGAUUGCAGGCAUCAUCCAACAGGAGCCAGAAGACGUUUUGCAUCCUAAUUCCCCCUAUUUUGGCUAGACAGUGCACUGCAAUACCUGCUAUGCUUAGCCAGCAUGGCUAUUCAUUUGUGCAGACCUAUAAUAUUCAUCUAAAGUGCUGUGCAUUGCUCACCAGUGUCAUGUUCUCUAGAGUUCCUAAUGCACAAGGUGCACUUCUAGGCUUCUCCAAGAAAGUGAUUUUGGCCUGGGAAUCGGUCAACUCCCUCCUUGGAAUGGGCUUCCACUCAUCAUUACCUGACUAGUGCAUAUUAUACUAGAAAAAUAUUCAUGGCCAAAACCUUAAAUCAUGGAAUCAAGUCACAUGACUUACAUUUUUCAGUGAAAUAUAAAAAUUGUUUAAUUUAGUCUUGCACUUAGUGUAUCAUUUAUAUAUUUCUGAAUGCAUAUUUCUCUGCAGUUAUGUUUCGUAUCUUCAUAGGUUUAUAGGGUCAUAGGUGUAUAGUAGGCUAAUGACCAUUAGGGCCCGUAUAAGCCUAGCCAUGCAACC